UUAGAACAAUAUCAAUUAAUGAUAAGAUACGCUAUGUAGUUACCAAAUUAAAACAAAAAAUUCGAAAUUAAAGAAAAAGUAUUUUGAAGCAACAGUUAUUCGCGUAAAGUCAACCCGUUAACGCUUUUAUAAUGUUGGAAAUUGUUAACGCUUGUUUGGCUAUAAGCUCUCUACUUAUUUUACCUUUAUGCUUGGGAUUAGGUCUAUAUUUUUAUAAAUACAAAUAUUUAAUCGAAAUCACAAGUAAUAUACCAAGUCCGCCUACGUGGCCUAUAAUAGGUCAUGCCCAUCAUUUUAUUGGUCAACCUCCUCAUAGGAAUAUUGCCAUAUUUACGGAAUUUGUCGAGAAAUAUGGUAAUACUAUGAAAAUAUGGUUGGGUCCGGAGCUUAAUAUGUUUUUUAGUGACAUCAAAGAUGUGGAAAUUGUUUUGGCCAGUAUGCGUUUCAAUGACAAGGCCGAUGAAUAUUUGUCAUUGGAACCAUGGCUUAGGGAGGGCUUGCUAGUGAGUCGUGGCCAAAAAUGGCAUAAACGUAGAAAGGCUAUAACACCAGCAUUUCAUUUUAAAAGUCUUGAUGAUUUUAUAGAGAUUUUCGAAAGAGAAUCACGGGUGUUUUUAGCGAAUAUGGAUCGAGAGUGGCGUAGGCAAAGCGUUAACGGAGUGGAUUUAUAUGAAUGGGUUAAUUUGUGUACGUUGGAUACGAUUUGUGGUAAGAGUAUAUAGAUAAGUCUAUCAGGAAGUUUGUGUUUUUGUCGAGAAAUAAGUGUUUUGAACUAGACGCCUAUAAAGCGUCAGGAAUUUGAUCCUUUAACUGCUUUUUUAUAAAAUUAACAUAAAAUACAUAUUAAUGAAAUAAUUGAAAACCCUUUUUUACUUUCAGAAUCCGCCAUGGGUGUUUCAGUGCAUGCACAAACCAAUGCCGAUUCCGAAUAUGUAAGAGCAGU